AUGGGUCUUCUCGAAACAAUCGACACUUGCAUCACGGACCUCUUCUCGCAAUGGAACGCCUACUCUACCGCCCUGGCCACCGCCCUCGUCGUCCUCGUCACUUACCGCAUCAUGUCGGCCACCGAACCGGAUGCCCAUCCCCUCAUUCUUGCCAGCCAGGCCAUGCCGUCUGCUGUUCGUAACGAAGGCGAGAGCGCCGUAUAUCGCUCCCAUUCAGCCCCGCAUGGAAUGCCUCUCAACUCUGGCUUGAAUGUGAAGGAUGCCGGUGCACCCAAGUUCUCCGCGGGCCGGGAUGGCGACUUGCGACAUGUCUGGCAGAAGGCUGCCGGUGCAGGGGAAUCUGGGGCAGCGGGAAAACUGCUGACUGUCUUUGGCUCCGAAAACGUCAUUGAGCAUAAGUUUGACGACAUCAACAGGCAAAUCAACGUCUUCGGUCGAUACGUCGAGGAGCAAGGCUUCGUCAGAGUCGCAAUCUAUCUCCCCAACUCUAUCGAAUUGCUCGUUGCCCUCUUGGCAUGCUCCUUCUACCCCAACUUGACCGCCGUCAUCCUCCCCUUUGAUGUGCCAGAGUCAGAGCUCAUCUCCAUGCUUCGUCGCUCGGCCGUCGACACUGUUGUGACAGCAAGCGGCUCUUUCCCUCUCGAUGCCGUGGUCCAGGCAUAUCCCUCCCUCCGCCAACUCAUUUGGGUGGUUGACCAAGGUUCCCGUCAUAUGGAUUGGAACCAUGUCCCCGAGGGCAUGGGGAGCAGCGUCAACGUAACAACUUGGCAGGACAUCUUGAACGAUGCCCCGCAUGCUGCAACAGCGGAACUGCCCGCCGUGGAUAAGGACCGCGCUCCUCAAGACAUUGUGACCUUUUGGCAGGGCAAAAACGGCCAUGUCGAGGAAAUGGUACGCUUCACGCAGGCCAAUCUUGUUUCCGCAAUCUCGGCUCAGAUUGCAGCUGUGCCGGCCAAGCAACGUCUCAGCCAAGCAGAUCUUUUCUUGCCCGCUGACUCGCUUUCCGAAAUUCACGCAUUGACGCUGACACUCGCGGCGCUCUAUUCCAAUGCCUCGGUGGCUUUCAACUCAGUUGCCGGCUCGUCUUGCGAUCUCGCUCUUGCCACACGCGGCAUUGCCCCUACCGUCAUUGUCGCCAGCCCAGCUUCGUUGCUGCGCGUUCACGAGGAAUCCAUCCGCAGACUGGGCGGAGGCCUGGCCAAGCUUUCCCACACGAUUUCAACCAACACGCUCACCAAGCGUGGCGUUUUAGCAGUGAAAAACAGCCUGUCUACAUUUGCUGCCGCUGCGCAUCCUUGUCUCGGGACCACACCAGGGAAGCUUCGUAUCAUUUAUGUAGCUGAGCGGAUCGGCGGCGACGCCCCGUUACUUUCUUCCCAAAUCUUGUCAGAUUUGAGAAUCUUCACUGGUGCGAGGAUAGUAUAUGCUCUUGCAGCGGCUAGAGUCGCCGGUGCCGUGACUCAGACGGCGCUGUUCGACUACAGAGUCAACCCGAGUGUAGAGGCACAUUUCGGAGUGCCCUUGUCGUCGGUCGAGGUUUACUUUAAAAACAUGGGAGAUUACACCACCACAGAUGAUGUAGUCCAGGGCGAGAUUGUGGCUCGUGGUCCUUGUGUUUCCGGCGGCGAAGCACGUCUUGGAAUUGCUGGAAAGCUUAAUGAUGACAAUACCCUUUCUUACGCAUGA